AUGAGCACGAAUUUCAGAGACAGCCCUGAAAUUAUGCAGAGUUUAACAUCCCCUCGACUGUCCCGGCAAUCAUCCAAAGCGAGUAGCAAGCAUAAGAACCUAGCGGAGGCAGCAAGCCCCGUUCAUAGUGGAUGCUGCCGAGGUUUCGGUAAUGUCAAGACCACGGGACCAACUUUGUCAACCUUGCAAUACCAGCAGCAGCUCAACCAUUCCAAGAGAUUGGAAGGAAAGGUGGCGGAUUUGGAGAAAGAAGUGCAGAGGCAGACAGAGCUGCGAGUCAUGUAUAGGAAAAGGAUGGAAAGAACGCAGGACUAUCUGAGAUACUGCCUCCAAAUAGCACAAGAGAACGGCAUAUUGGACCUCAUCACCCACUCCAAAGCCGACCUCCAACAGUCCCCUUUAUCGCUCCACACGGUCAACUCCACCGCUAGUCCUCAGAUUCGCUCUCCCGUCCGCCGCCGCCAGCACCACCCAGAUCUUGCAGCCAUCAUCGAUCAAGCCAAAAUCCAUGGGUGGUAUAUUGAUCCUCUUGAGAUUCAAAUGGAGGAGAAGAUAGGACAGGGAACCACGGCAGAGAUAUAUAGGGCAACUUGGAGAGGAUAUGACGUGGCGGUGAAGUGCUUAUCUGCGGAGUUUUUCAGAACAAACGCUCACGGGGUCGUAUUUUUCGCUCAAGAGGUAGAUACUCUGUCGAGGCAGAGGCACCGGUUUGUGCUUCAGCUGAUGGGGGCAUGCCUGGACCCUCCCCACCACGCCUGGAUGGUGACGGAGCAUGUGAGGACCACCCUCAAAGACUGGCUUCACGGCCCCGGCAAGAGACGCAGAGACAGGCAAGUCCCACUUCCUUCCCUCAAAGACAGAGUCAUGAGGGCUCUGGAGAUCGCUCAGGCCAUGCAGUAUCUGCAUGAACAAAAGCCCAAGGUCAUCCACCGUGACCUCAAACCCAGCAACAUUUUCUUGGACGACGCCCUCCACGUCAGAAUCGCCGAUUUCGGCCAUGCGCGCUUCUUGGCUGACCAAGAAAUGGCCCUCACCGGCGAAACAGGGACGUACGUGUACAUGGCACCGGAGGUGAUUCGAUGCGAGCCUUAUAAUGAAAAGUGCGACGUAUACAGUUUUGGGGUGAUACUAAACGAGCUUCUAACCGGAAACUACCCUUAUAUUGAGACAGACUACAGUCCGACCAAGAUCGCAGUGGAAGUGGUGGAGGGGAAGCUGAGGCCGAUGGUUGCGGAGGAUAGAGAAGGAGAAGUGGAGGAACUGGUUCAAGUGAUCAGACUCUGUUGGGAUGGAAAUCCAACCAUGAGACCCUCAUUUGCAACCAUCGCCACUGCUCUCAAAGCCUACAUCAAGGAGGCCUCUUUCAAGUGGCUCAUUAGCUAA